ACCCGACCGCGCUGCGGGCGAUCCGACCCACCGCAGACGGCCAUGACGGGCCUGGAGCGACCCCCACCCGACGUGCUGCUUGCUCUGCUCUCCAGCAACAAGGCGCUCGAAGCGACGAUCCCCAAGUGCGGCGGCUGCGAGAAGCCGAUCGUGGACCGGUACAUCCUGAAGGUGCUGGACCGCUGCUGGCACAGCGCCUGCCUCGUGUGUGCCGACUGCGGCGCAAAGCUGGCCGACAAGUGCUUCGUCCGCUCCGGCCAGGUCUUCUGCAAGGAGGACUUCUUCAGGCGGUACGGGGCUAAGUGCUCGGGCUGCGACGCCGGCAUCCCACCCGACCAGGUGGUUCGUCGGGCCCAGGACAACGUGUACCACCUGAGCUGCUUCGUGUGCGUCCUGUGCAGCGGCCAGCUGAACACCGGCGAUGAGUUCUACCUCACCGAGGACGGCAAGCUCGUCUGCAAGGACGACUACCAGCAGGCCAAGCAGCGCGGCGACACAGAGACCGACUCGACCAACAAACGGCCGCGCACCACCAUCACGGCCAAGCAGCUGGAGACGCUGAAGGUGGCCUACAACAACAGCAGCAAGCCGGCCAGGCACGUUCGCGAACAGCUCAGCCAGGAAACGGGACUGGACAUGCGGGUCGUCCAGGUCUGGUUCCAGAACAGGCGAGCCAAGGAGAAGCGGCUGAAGAAGGAUGCCGGCCGGUCACGCUGGGGCCAGUACUUCCGAAACAUGAAGCCGGGCGACAAACGACGCGCGGGCGAGAAGACGUCCGAGUCGGACGACGACACCGUCUACAACAACAACGACGACGAGCUGACGAUCGACUACCCGCACACGCCCAGCUCGUGCGACAUGGAGCCGGGCCAGGUGGUCAGUCCGCACGUGCCACACCCGCACCAUUUCCUGCACGGUCCCGGCACGCCGCCGUACAACCUGCCCGGGAACGGCUCUCCGGGCCCCGGUCACCGGCUGCCCAUGCCGGCCGCCGUCUUCCCGUCGUACGGCGACGGCGGCGUCCAGUUCCCGCCGCACCUCGGUCGGCCGGGCCCUCUGCCGCCGCCACACAUGGCCGGCGAGCUUAGCAGCGCCUCCAGCACUGCCGGCUAUCCCGAGUUCCCGCCCAGCCCCGAGUCCUGGCUGGGCGAGGUGGAGGCGGCGCCACCGGCGCACCCCUACUGACGCCAGCUGGCCAGACCUCGCUGAGAGCCGGCCUGCAGCUGGUGACCGGAGUCGGGUCAGCCCAGCUCCUGGUGACCAGUGUCAGGUCAGCCGUGCCCCUGGUGA